GGGAACACUGAGUCACAUGGGGGUAAUGGGACUAAAAAGUGGAUGUUGUGUAGUUCAAUAUGAGGAGGAAAAUAACAGCAGUGUGUGGGUAGUACCUGACGGGGGCGUGGUUGCAUGUCGAUCCACGAAAACAUCACGGGGUGCUCUUAAAAGUCUUUUCAAGUGAGUGAAUAGGGAGGAGACCGCCCUUUCUCGCAGAGCUCCACAACCGCUGUGAGGCAGGCAGACGAGUCCGCCGGAAGAGUCUCAUCGACGGGGAAACAUCCACGCGUGUGUCUCAUCCCCUCCAAGCCGUGACGGGGAGGCGGCCAAGAGGAGGCUCAGACACCCGAUAAGACUCCGCUCGCACUGACAAGCACACGUUCGAGAUAUGGGGUGCAGGCUGCCCAAGUUACGCAAAGGCGAAGAGACUCAAAGCCCAGGCAACAUCUAUUCCACCCUGCGGAGGCCUCAGGUGGAGACCAAAGUGGGCGUGUCCUACACGUACCACUUUCUGGAUUUCCUGUUGGGAAAAGAAGAGGUGUCGGUGUCAUCGGUGCUGUGCCUCUCUUCAGUCAGAGAACUACCUGUCCAGGUGAGGGAGCUCUAUGCACAGGGCUUCGUCCUGGUUGCCGUGCAUCCCUUCGUGCAUCCCUGCGGCCCUCAUCAUGCCCACAUCCAGCGACAGCUCCACCGCGCCGUGCUGGUUCGAGAAACAUCAAGUUGGGAGAAAAGCCAAGAGAGGAGAUGGUGGCGACACGGUCUGGAGACGGACGUGUGUGCGGCCGGUCAUCAGGCCGCUGACCCGGAGGUGAUUCAGAGCUACGUCAAGCGGAUCCAGGAUGUGGCCGAGCAAGGCGUGAUGUUCGUGGGCUUCCUCCAGCAGCCAGGGGGGGCGCCCUGCUUCUUGGCCAACUGGGACCCCGACGAACUGUCCUCCUUGCACUCCAGCCCCUCCCCCAUCCACCGCCACGCCCUCAUCAGCUCCAACACGAGUCCGACAGAUCCAGCAGAGCCACUGCGUGAUGAUACCGAGCGGGGCCCCCUCCCCUUUGAGCCAGAAGAGCUGGCUCAUGAAAGUGGAGAUCAUAAACCACGGGAUCACAAGCCCGCACUGGCCCUCACUGGCCAGCCUUCAGAAGUCUACUCUGAGGGAUCUAAUGAGCAUCCUCGGAGUGUACAGAUCCCCCUCAAAGAGUCACUUGAAUCAAUACAGCAACCUCUAGAUCACACAGUCCAUCCACUAGAACGUCAAACCCCAGCGGAGGCCCAAGAGUGGCAGCUGAGCCCGGGUGUGAACCCCCAGGAGGACCAUAAGCCAGCAGGAGAAUCCCCAGAGAAUCAUUCCAAACGUCCUAACUUACCCGAAAGAAAAGACUCAGCCUUGGCGUCUACCCGGAACAACAACCACAUCUACCUGAAAACAGCAGACACCAAGAUGGAUGAGCCUUCAGCACCAGCACAGGCCCGGCUGCAGCUGUUUGCGCUGUACAACUCCACAGGGGAGAUGAACACCUCUAUGAGGUUCUACUCGCUCAGGGUGCCCUUACGGGUGCACAGGGAGGCGGGACUCGUGACGGACAUUGACGGCGACUGGCUGGACCACAUGACUCAGCAUUUCACCAAUGGAGCGCAGCUCAUCGACGGCUUUUUUCACCUCAGGGAGGAUAACGAUGACGGCCUUUCAUCAGUAGACAGCGUCUUCAUCUUCCACAACUCCACAGAGGAGACCACCAGCACCUCCUACGACGCCAUCGUGGUCGAGCAGUGGACCGUCGUCGACGGUGUGGUGGUGAAGGCCGACUAUGUUCCGCUGCUGCAGUCUCUGGCUCCAUACGGAUGGAGGCUCAUGUGUGUGUUGCCCACGCCCAUUGUCAAGACCAACAGUGACGGGAGUUUGUCGACUAAGCAAAUCCUCUUCCUUCAGAGGCCCGUUUUGCAGCGCAAGAGAAAAGACUUCAAGAUGCUGAACCUCCGAGGUCGCCACAAGGCAAAAAAACACUCGUGCGGAGAGAUGCUGGAGGAGGGCGAGGACAGGUCCCUUGUCAUGGAGACGGAGAUGGACAAGCUGAGGCGCACGGGGGAGGACGAGACGGACGGGAGGAGGAGAUGGAGCGAGGAGGCCCAAGAGGACGCCCGUCAUAGGGACCUCUCCUUCCUCUCGGGCAGCCUGGCGUCCCUUCAGGACCGGGAAGAGGAGACGGACAUUGACAGUAUUCUCACAGCCAAGGGGGAGAAGACGGUGAGAUGGACGGACGUGUGUCACACAGAUGGUCGGAGAGGCGUCAAAGAGGAGGUAAAGAUGGAAGAGCGCAUCAAACAUCAGCUCUUUUCUGGCGUCUGUUGACAUAGCGGGCCUUAAAUGGUAAUAUACUCACUGGCCACUUCAUUAGGUACACCUGCACAAUCUAACAAAAAAAAUCUGCCUUAACUUAUAUUUGAAAACUUUAUUUAGCACUGUAAACACGCACAAUGACUCAAUUUAAUAGCAGUCUGACUGCAUCUUAUCUUUAUAAAGGCAGAAAUGGUUAAUCCAGCUCUUGUAUUGGACAGUAUUCUGCAGGUGUACCUAAUGUGGUGACCAUAGACCCAAAAGGGAGUUAGGUGACCCCCCCCCCUUUAAUCUAAACUAGUGUAAAUGUGGGUUGGUGUUGCUAUUAUGAACUGUGUUUUUCCAUGAUGACAUUCAAAGGCCAUUAGUCCGCAAUGAAAAAGUUAUGUUAGCUUUUUUUACUCCGUAGCUCUCUAAUGACUGUUACACAUGGACUUACCGCUUUAUGUAAAUUAUAGGGCUUGUUAAGGGGGGGUUUACACAAUGUUAGAAGAAAAAAAGUAUUUUAUGGUCUAGUCAGUGUGUUGAACUAUCUGGGAUGGUAUGCGUUUCCUAACUUUUAAGACGUGACCGCUAUUAGGAAGCUUUUUUUUCUGAGAAAGUGCGGUCUGACAUCAAGUAAUAGAAUUUAGCCUGCCAAAGAAAGUCCUUCAUUUUGACAAACUAUUAGAGCAGCAGUUGAUGGAUGUCUAUUUGUGAUAAGACAUCCAUCAAGCAAAGAAACUUAUCUAUUAGUACUUAGGUCUAAUAUAAUAAUGCUAAGUUUAAUGUCAAAUGUUUUAAUUGCUUUGCUGGUCCCAAGGUGGCAGGUGAGUGUAUGUGGGUAAAUUGUAAAAUAAGAAAACGUGUACAGUGCUAUUUAUUUCCUUCACUAAUGAGUUAUGUCGCCUGUAUUUACAUAAAAACAGAGGUAAAUUUAAGCAUUUCAUGCAGCUUCUUCAAUCUCAUUUAUUUCCUGCGAUCAUCACAUUACAGCGUAGAACAUUUCCCCUCAUGGAAACAACUCAAAUGAAUCGACAAUGGCACCCCCGCUGAGAGACGCCCACGAGAAGCUCGCGACCGUCUCCACGGGAUUUUUUUUUUUUAAAGGAUGCCGACCAAUCAGAGGCCACCUGGAGGCUCGAUUACAGUACGCUGUUGCUUUUUCAUUCAGCCAUGUAAUAAUACUGCUUAGGAGUCAAAACACAGAAAAUUAGCCAAUUUGUACUGCACUAAUUCAGGGUGUAAAAUGUAGCUAAAGCAACUGUAAAUAAAUUCAACAUUUGUAAUUGGCAGAUUAUUUUGCUACUCGAGAGUCACUCAAGUGUAAAAACUAGUCGAUGGAAAUGGUAACUUGGCGUUAAGUGUUGCAUCAUGCUACAUUCUUCUAAAACCACAAAGGUUGCUCUUGUUCUGAGCCAAUAAAUAUCAGAUGUGUUGUUAAAAAUGUACUCUUUAAAGUCCAAAUGAAUUCAAUGGGGAUCCUGCUCCCAAGUCCACACACAUGGAAUUUGUAAGCAUUUUUCCACUCACCGCACAAAAAAAGGCGCAAGAUCCUGGUGAAUGACCCAGAGGAAUUGUGGGAGUUGUAGUAGCAGCUACCACCACUUCUCAAAGACAAUUCUGUCCUGAGGCAAUCCCAGGUCCAUUAGGGUUUUGGAAAUGGCCUCAAUCAUGGGUGGAGGUCCACAUAGGUAACACAAAGUCCUCUGCGGGUCCACAUGAGUUCGCAGCUCCUCCUCUGUGAUUCUUCGCCCUGUCGGGGGGGAGGGGGGAAAGAGAUCCCGUGAUUAGAAAAGAUGGCGCCAAUGCAACCUACCAAGUCUCUUCUUUCUUGCCAUGGCAGUUUUACAAGACAAGCUCGUCUGACCAACACAGUAUGAUGUGGCGAUUGACAAAUCAACAAACCUUGCAGUUUAUACCCCAACCUGGGAUCAACGUGACUCUUCUUUGGCCUGAGUGUACUUAGUAACUGCUUCUUUCAGGAUGCAACUGAAGCAAAAGAGUGCACUUCUUGGCUGCAACCAGCAGAGAUGCUGUUGAGUAAGUCAAUCUAAAAUGUGGUAUGUUAAAAGAAAGCCUCCAAUAGUCACUGACUGCGUGGUCUACUAAAGCAAAUAACUGCCAGGGUCUAAUUAGUCCUGGGGAAAAAAUAAUCUGCCUCAACGUGUAGGAAACCUCCUGAUGUACUUUUUAUGAACUCCACAAGAAGCAUUUUAGGUAUGAUGACCACUCCGCUUCCAGACACUUUAUCUGCCUCUGCAUGCGCUUUAUAAAGUUGGUCGCGAUAGUCACUCAUCACUGGUAUUAUACAACUUUGGUUCUGUUGCUGUGUUGUGCAAUACACUUGUUAAUAAAUGACCAUGUGGU